CCUUCUUUUCAAAAAAGUUAAUCAAGAUUGCUUAUUGAACUCUCGAUAUCUUUAUUAAAUAUCUCCUAGAGAUUGCAUUAAUUUCUUAUCCAAAUCAUCAACCAUGAUAAGAUAAAUCAAAUAUUUCCACUUGUCCACUAUUAAGCUAUCUCUUUUCUCCUGAAUGCGUAGAAAUUCCCUUUCCAUCAUCCAACUAUUCACAAUUAAUCGUUGAUUCCAAGGCGAUUCGCAAGCUAAUCUACAUGGACCUUGGAUCGUCGAAUGAUAUGCAAUCUCCGAAAGAGGUGGCAGUCCGGCAAUAAGUGAAGUCAUCGGAUUACGUGACAGCAGUAAUCAUGGAGAGUCCGAUUGUGGAGGUCGAACAAGGCCAGUUAUCAGGCACCCGAGAAAAUAAUAUCAAUGGAGUUGAUUUCUACGCAUUCAAAGGGAUUCCAUUUGCAAAACCGCCAGUUGGUGAUCUCCGAUUCAAGGACCCAGAACCUGCCGAUCCCUGGAAGAGUAUCAGAGAUGCUUCCAAAUUCGGUGAUAAGUGCGCGCAAAAUGAUUUGUUCACCAAAGAAAUGACUGGAAGCGACGAUUGCUUGUACCUGAACAUCUACACGACGGAACUGAAACCUGCAGUUCCUAGAGCAGUUAUGGUUUGGAUCCAUGGCGGAGCAUUUUACUCAGGAUCUGGAAAUGACGAUAUCUACGGCCCAGAUUACAUUGUUGAGCAGAAUGUUGUUCUAGUGACGAUAAAUUAUCGGGUUGGAAUAAUAGGAUUCCUUAAUUUGGACGACGAAGAAGCUCCAGGAAACCAAGGAUUGAAGGACCAGGUGAUGGCUCUGAAGUGGGUGAAGCAGAACAUUGAAAAAUUUGGAGGAGAUUCCUCUAACGUCACCAUUUUUGGUGAAAGUGCUGGUAGCGCUUCUGUUCACUAUCUGACUCUUUCGCCACUGGCUCAAGGAUUGUUCCACAAGGCGAUUUUGCAGAGUGGAGUUGCUACCAACACCUGGGCGAGUGCUCUCUAUUCAGCUAAAGAAGCUGCCGUUGAAGUUUCAGCUGUUUUGGGCAACAGGAUCACUGAUACCAAAGAACUGAUCAAGUUCUUGCGGUCUGUUGAUGCGUUGCAGCUCAAGCUCCAUUUGUUCGAGAAUCCCUUCAUUCCUUCGGUAGAUUCAAAGUCCAAAACUCCUUUUUUGAACAUCCCAGUGAUCGAAGCGGCUAAAGCUGGGAUCAGGGUGCCGCAUAUCAUUGGGUACACCAGCCAUGAAGGAAUCGUAUUUGUUCCAACAGAGAGUUCUUACGCUGAAAUAGAAGCAAAUCCAGAAGAACUGCUGCUGCAUCGGACAAUUAAAAAAUUUUUGAAGGAAAGGAACAUCUGCGAAAGAUAUCAAGGAGUACUUCAUGGCGGGAAAGGAAUUCAAGUCGGAAAACGCUGAUAAGAUUGUCCAUUUGUUUACUGCAGUUCAUUUUCUGAUUAACAUACACCAUAUUCUGAAGCUUCAGCCUCUUAAAGAUGUGGAAACUUUUGUCUAUAAGUUUGAAUUCUAUUCGAAGGACUCUGCGGUUAUGCAGAGACUAUUUGGGACUGGAUUGGAAGGUACUUGUCAUGCUGAAGACCUAGUUUAUCUAUUCCGACCGAACCUAUUCAACGCAAUGGGAAUAGAACCUCCAGAGAAAUGUUCUACUGAAGGAGUCAUCAGGCAGAGAUUUGUCGAGUUAUGGACCAAUUUUGCGAAAACCGGGUAC